AUGUUAAACUUUUUUAAGAAAAAGGAGAUAGAUUGUUAAGACAUGAAGUCUCUUACUUAAGCGUUUGCAAAAUAAAGAGCUAAUUAAAUAGUUAGCAAAACAGUCAGCUAUGAUCUUGUUCUAACUUUAAAAGAAGGUUCUAAGUAUGAAGGAAAGGUGUAAGUCACAUUUGAAGUGACAAAACUUUAUAAAAAAGACAUUUAUAUAGACUAUUCAGGUGACAAAAUAGUAGGAUUAAAGAUUAAUAGACACCCUAUAAAGAUCGUUGAAUGGAACGGAAAAUUUUUGAAAUUAAAAUAUAAUUAUUUGAUUGAUAAUGGAGUUAAUAUGGUAGAAAUUCAAUUUAAGAAUGAUUAUUCUAAUAAUGGUUGUGGCUUACAUUCUUAUAUAGAUCCAAAGGAUUAGAAUUAAUAUCUCUAUUCUUAAUGCGAGGCCUAUUACUGCAACAUGAUUUUCCCUAAUUUUGACUAACCCGAUAUUAAAGCAAGAUUAUUACUCACUGUAACCAUUCCUAAACAUUGGAAGUUUAUAGCAAAUGAAUCUGCAAAAUCUUCUAUUGAGACAAAUGAAUACAAGAAAAUCGAAUUCAAUCCUACAGCAUACAUAUCAACUUAUUUAUAUGCUUUUAUAGCAGGUCCAUUUUACCAAAUAGAUUUUGACCUUGAAGAUAAUAAUAUGAACCAUCUCAAUUGUGAUAUUCCUAUGAGUCUUUACUGCACAUAAUCAAGAAAACAAAGCUUAUAAAAAUAAAAAGAUUUUAUAUUUGAUGUUACUUGCAAUGGAAUCAACUUCUUUGAGAAAUUCUUUCAAUAUAAAUAUCCGUUUACCAAAUACGACUAAAUAUUUUGCCCAGAAUUUAAUUCUGGAGCUAUGGAAAAUGUAGGAGCAGUAACAUUUAAUGAUAACUAUUUAUUUUAGGAAGAAGUCGACAUAUAAAAACUUAGCAGUUUUGCAAAUACAAUUAUCCAUGAACUUGCUCAUAUGUGGUUUGGAAAUUUAGUAACGAUGAAGUGGUGGAACGAUUUGUGGCUUAAUGAAAGUUUUGCAGAUUUCAUAUCACAUUUUUGCCUAUCCAAGAUAAACAUUAAAAAAUUUGAGAGUAUUCGAGAAAAUAUUUGGCUGUAGUUUAACUUUAGAAAAUCAUGGGGAUAUCGUGAGGAUUAGUUGCCUACUACUCAUCCGAUAGCAGGUAAAGUUCCUAAUACUGAUGUGGCAAGAACAAUAUUUGAUGGAAUAACAUAUUCAAAGGGAGCAAGCACAAUAAAAUAACUUCUGUUUGUUAUUGGAGAAGAGAUAUUUAGUUAGAGUUUAGCUACUUACUUUGGAAAAAAUGCUUUUAGUAAUGCGACUUUAGAAGAUUUUAUGUAGUCUUUAAGUAUGACAUAUUCAAAAGUAAAGAAGAUGGAUUUUGAUUUUAGAAGUUGGCAGAAAAUGCACAUUUAGACAGCUGGUCUGAAUAUUGUUGAGCCUUACUUUGAUCCUGAAACUUCUCAAACCACACUAACUAUUGUUUAGUCUUGUGCUUUGUAGAGUCAUCUCAAUUUAAGAAGACACAAAAUGAAAAUAUGUUUCUUCGAUGAUAAUGCUACCAUGCAUGACUAAACUAUUUAUGUUUUACCCCAGAUUGAUACAAUUAUUAAAUACAAGUAUCCUUUCAGAAUCAGAGCCGUCCUUCUCAACUUCGAAGACCACGCUUUUGUAAAAGUUGUUUUAGACAAAGAGAGUUUGAGCUUUUUCAAGAAAAAUCUUCAUUAUAUUCAUGAUGACCUAACAAGAACACUAAUUUGGAGAUCUAUAUUUGAGAUGGUUAGAGAUGCACGAAUUAGUUCUGACGAGUAUCUGGACAUAUUCAAAAAGAAUAUUGUGAAUGAAAGGACAGACUCAAUAGUGAUAAACCAAUUUAUGUACAUGAAAGCAGUACUAUUCAGUUACACUCCUCCUUAAUAUCUAGUUAAAUACUCAGAAGAUAUGUUUAAUUUUAUUUAGGAAUACAUGAGAGAAAAUCUAUAUUCAAAGAAUAAAAUAAUUGCUUUGAGACAAAUAAUUACUAGCUUUGUUAAAAUUAAGGAUUCUAUCGAUUUAGUUGAAUCCUCGUAUCUCUAACAAAUAAAAAUUUAAAAAUCUCAUAAGGGAUUAAACGCAUUAGCUAAAGCUGGUCUGAGAACUUCUAAUGUUGUUUCUUUAAUACACUCUUCCAAUUUUCAUUCUAGAGAAUAAAAAAGAAAAUUCUAUGAGAAUUACCUUUUAUCUAAUAACAACAUUUUCAACCAAACCAUUUCUCAAAGGUGCUUGAUAUAGGAUUUUACUUUGUAGGAGUGCUAGUAUUUAUGGGAAACAUUUAUUUAAUAUCCUCAAGUUAAAUCGCUUAAAGUGCAAGAAGCUGCCAUGUCUGCAUUUAAUUUACAAAACCAGUAUCCUAAAUUUACUGAUGAAUGGUUUAAUUCAAUUGAAAAAGUGUUUUAAAAAUAAACGAAGGAAUAUGCUUCCCUUUUCUUUGACUAAUUAUUUCCAAGGGAUGAUAAUAUAAGCUAUAUAUGCGAUAGACUUAGAGUUCUACUUGAGAAAGUAGAAAAAAACUAAAAGCAAACAAAAUAGUAAUAAGAGUAUGGAUUUUUGCUAAUCAAAAAACUUAAAGUGGCUAUAGAUGAUAUAUAAAGAAAGAUCAAGGCACACAACAAGUUUAUUUAAGAAGAACAAAAUAAAAUGAAACCAUCACUUUGA